AUGAAAAAUCGUUUAUGGACGGUAUUUUCGAUCCGCACGUACUAUCGAACUAAAACAAAAUCAAUUACUCAUCUGGCACUUCAUGGUAUAAUGCACUUUUUUCAAUCAGCUGCAGUUCUUAACCUCUGUGUAACAAAGCGAGAGAGGGAGAGAAAAGAACCGACAAACAAAAUAAAUGCUCUUACGUUAAGUACUCGAAGUAACAUGAAAGCAGCAAAUCCAUACGAUGCGAAUGGAUACCAGACUGAAAUUGUUUCCGGCUCGUUCGAUGACCUGCAACAACCGAGUCAAGUGCGAGCUGAACCAAUACGAACCAUAGCAUACGACCAAGAAUAUCAAUAUGAAGAGGACGAUACUGAUCGGAAAUAUCGAACUCCUCCACCUAAAAAUUCUCCGAAGAAAUUUUUCACGAAAUCUCCAAAAGAUUUCGUCACAAGACUAUGUCUAAUUGGAUUUGCAAUCGGUCUAAUAAUCGGCAUCAUCAUUUUGAUUGCUAUUGUGGUACCAGUCGCUGUUACACAUUGUGCUUUAGGUACAGUUGCUUCCACUCCGAAUUGGAUCGGUAAAUUUCAAAUGGAUAGUUCAUGUGAUCGAUCUUCAUGUUGUUGUUUCACGAAUCAAAUUAUUCUUUCACAAGUAGCGAACAAUCAGUUACAGCUAUCAGGUAAUGUGAAUGGUGUUUGCAACAACGUUCCAUCGACCGUUACUCUCACACAAUCAAUGCCUUCUGGAUUUCAAACAUAUCUCAUCUGGGCAGGACAAACAAUUCGUGUUCAAUUAGGUCUAGAUAACUCUUACAUAGCGCUUGUAAAUGUUGGAACAGGAUCAUGCAGUGCGACGGGAUUAAGAACAUCAUAUAAUUCUGUUAGUACGAUGAGUAUGAACGCAUAUUUAAUUAUGUUUAUUUUAACGAUCACAAUUGGUAAUUGCAUGACAUGA